AUGGCUUCCAAAGAUUGUAACGAUAUAUUUGGACGUCGAUAUCUUACAGAUGCUUCUGAUGUUUAUGAGCGGAAUGCUUGGGAUGACGUUCAGUGGACAGAAGAGCAGGAAAAUUUAGCAAGAGAAAUGAUACUUUUGAAUAGUACUGUUAGACUCCCAGAUGAUUCUCAAGAAAGAAUUGAGAUCCUUGCACAUGAAUACUGGGACAAGUUUUAUUCCCAUCAUGAAGACAGAUUUUUCAAAGACAGAAAUUGGUUGGAAAAAGAGUUUUGUGAAUUAUUUUCUUCAAUAUCACCUAGUGUGCACAUAAUGGAGGUCGGUUGUGGUGUGGGAAAUACAAUAUUUCCAAUAUUACGCGCUGUAAAGAGUCCUGGACUGUUGAUAUAUGCAUCAGAUUUCUCUGAAAAGGCUCUAUCUAUACUCAAAGAAUCCAAAGGAUAUGAUGCUGAUCGUUGUAUUACUUUCCAGCAUGAUAUAACCAAAACUAAUGAUGAAAUCCCUUGUCCUAAAAAUAGUUUGGAUUUUCUAGUCUUAGUAUUCGUAUUAUCAGCAAUUAAUCCUGAAUUGUUUCACCGUACACUCAAAAAUCUUGUUGCGUAUUUAAAACCCGGAGGUGUGUUAUUGUUUCGAGAUUAUGGAAGGUUUGAUUUGGCUCAGCUAAGAUUUAAAAAUGGCCAGUGUUUAAAAGACAAUUUCUAUAUGAGAUCAGAUGGGACAAGAGUUUACUUUUUCACUCAAGCUCAAGUAUCCCAGCCUUGGCCAUCACGUGAUUCCACAUGACUACACAUGAUUGUAUAUGAAAACUUCGAAAAAGCCAAAAGAUAGGAAGAACAAAAUAGUAUUCGAGUUAUACAAAUGAAUUGUGUUAGAAUCUUCACCCUUCUAGCCAUUUAGAUAUCUGUUCCCUAAAGCCAUUAAUAAUAAUAAUACUAUCAUGAUUAUAUUUUUAAAUCGAUGUUUGAUUCUGUCAAUCUACGGUUUCAGUUAUAUCGAUUCUUACUGUAACAGUCAUCAAUCAGAUGGAUUCUUUUGUUAUAAGAUAACCGAUCUAAUAAAGUUGAACAAAUUACAGAGACUUUUUCAAUCAAGAAGACACAAAUAGGUUCAGUUAAUGAUACUAAGUGAACCUUACCAACUAGGAUACAAGAGUUUGAUGAAUAUUUUCCUAAUAGAUUCAGAGGAGCAGUCUGCUAGAGGCAUGAUUAUAAGAGUUACUCUGAUUGUUAAUUUUAAUUAUCACAAAAUACAGGUGUUCUGAAAUUAAACAAACAAAGUCUUACUUAUUGUUUCUUUUGUUAGAAAUUCAUCUCCCAAUUAUAUUGAGAAUGCAUGUCAUAUCAUUUGUACCAUAUUACAGUAGAUGGUCAGUACGAUAUUGCUUACUUCUUUUGGAAAUUUGUUUCUUUUUCUGUGAAUCUUCAAAAAAUCCAUUUAAAUCGAAGUAAUUCGUUUAACAUUUAUACGUUUGCUUACUAUUUUGUAUAUGUACAUUAUCCACAGAGUGGGACGCUCAAUUUUUAGUUAAUUACGACUAAAUUAUAAGCUUUUAAAUAGACUGACAACUUUUUUACUCAAUGCAUUUUGUUGUAAAUACUGAAAUUAUUUGAUUCAAGAUGUAAAUAAGUGAAUUAAAGUU